AUGUCUCGGACGGAAAAAGAGACCACCAGCAACGACGAUUCCGGCUUUGGGGACCAAACGGAAGCGCGCAGACUCGAUGAAUUGAAGGGAAUCGUCCCAGAAUCCACCUUCUCAGUUGAAAAGUUGCGGGAAUGGCUCAUAGCCUUCAUCGUAUGCGACUUCAACGUUGACUUAGGCCCCGAGAUUGAAUGGAUCUAUCCAUAUUCGCCGUUCUCCCCGGCGGACUUGACGACUAUCUGUUUCAAUAGUUUCCCAGAUAGAAAUAACCCCGAUGACCUCACAACAGACACUUCCUUCCACUUCCGUUUUCGACACACAUCAAAAGAUAUCAAAGUUCCUUCGUCCGAGUUAGUGUCUCAUCCCGAGUUCUGGUUCGGCUACUGCUUGUUUCGCCAACAGCGAGACGAGACCGUAAAGAGAAAAUACGGCCAGAAAUCAUUCGUGGUCAUUUCACAACAUGACUUCACGUCUUUGUUUCGAGAUCAAAUGCUGGCAAAAACCUUGCCUCUGCUAGACUUUAGUGCGAGUUCGGCUUUGAUGGAGUCUGCUUGCGCACAAAUCGUCAAUUGGCCAACCCCGCGACCUGGGCAAAUGGAACUCCCUUUCUUUGGAUCCAUCUUCAACCUUCACAUUCCUCUACACGCUUCUUAUCCAUUGCAGGGACUUGUACGCAAAGAGUCGGUGAAGCAGAACCAUCCGAUUGACAUCUUUGCAUUAGACCCCGUUGGUUCCUGGAAGCAAGUGGUUGAGUGUCUGCCGAAUGCUGUCGAUUUAUACAUAAUCUACGAAAGGAUACUUCUCUGCGAGCCAAUAGUCGCCCUCGCACUGGACCCUCGGUUUUGUAGCGAGUUUGUAUCGCUAGCCUUCGAUCUUAUCAGACCUGUGCCUUUUGCUGGAGAUUAUCGUCCUUACAUCACUAUGCAUUCAGACAUAUUCUCACAAUCUCAUGGCGGUCCAAACACGAACCAUUACUUGGUCGGAAUAACAAAUCCUUUCAUAUUGAAACGACUUCAAUCUCAACCAUCAAAGAAGCCUCUAAUUCAUUCACCAAAAGACAUGCCCUACAUUGUUAAUCUUACAGAACCAGCGCCAAAAAACGGACAUAGAAAUCGAAAAUCAAGAUCACCUCACAAAGAAGAAGCAGGUUUCGACAUAGUCAGCCAAGAGCCGAAAGGAUAUGUCUCUAGAGACUGGGGUUUUCUCAAAGAACUCGAUGAAGCUUGCAAAGGCGAUAGCUCACCAGUCGAUAUUAGCCGUCUUGUCCGUCGACAUUUCGCCUAUCUCACCGCACGAUUUCUUGCACCUCUGGACAGAUAUUUUUCGCAAUUAAUAACAGCUAAAUCCGCCGUGGAUCCCUUCGAAUACAAGGGUUUUUCAGAAGUCGAUUUCCUCCAGAUGCUGUCAAAGCACGGGAGCGGAGUCGAGUUUAAGGGGAAGACGCAUUUUCAACGAAACAAAAUGGAGGAGGCCUUUUACAAGAAAUUCUGCAAAUCGCCGUCAUUUUUCAACUGGUUGCAAAUGAAAAUUGAGUUGGCGAGUCGCAGUCAAAUGGCGCGGUAG